AUGUCAGAAGAAGUGCCACCACCACCAGCAGAAUAUCAAGCUCCUGAGUCGUAUGGCAGUGAUGCUUAUGGUGCCCAACCGGGGGAAGCCGAUGAGCUAUCCACUACGAGGUUGUUUGUUAGACCUUUCCCUCUAGAUGUGCAAGAGUCUGAACUAAAUGAGAUCUUCAGUCCAUUUGGUGCCUUAAAGGAUGUAAAGAUUUUGAAUGGGUUUGCGUUUGUCGAGUUUGAGCAAGCUGAAGCAGCUGAACAAGCGAUUAACGAGGUUAAUGGUAAGUCAUUUGCUGAUCAGCCGUUGGAUGUUGUUUAUUCUAGGAAGCCGCUGCCAAGAUACAGAGUUAUUAUCAAAAACUUGCCCGAGGGUGUUGCUUGGCAAGAGUUGAAGGACUUGGCCAGGGAUAACAACUUAGAAACCACGUUUUCUUCUGUUAACACACGUGAUUUCGAUGGUACGGGUGCGUUGGAGUUCCCAUCUGAGGAGGUUUUACAAGAUGCUUUGGAAAAAUUGAACAAUUGCGAUUUCCGUGGCAAUGCUCUAUCGGUAGAAAGAGAUGACAAUCCACCACCAAUCCGUAGAUCAGGCGCUCGCGGCGGCUUCCGUGGUCGUGGUGGCUUCCGUGGUCGUGGUGGUUUUGGAGGACCUAGAGGCGGAUACGGCUUUGGUGGGCCAAGAGGUGGCUAUGGCUAUGGCGCUCCUAGAGGUCGCGGUGGCUAUGGCGGACCUAGAGGCGGCUUCGGUGGUCCAAGAGGCGGCUUCGGUGGUCCAAGAGGCGGCUACGGUGGUCCAAGAGGUGGAUAUGGCACGCCUAGAGGCGGUUAUGCUCCAAGAGGUGGUUAUGCUCCAAGAGGCGGUUACAACAACUAUGGAGGACCAAGAGGCGGCUACGGUGGCAGAGAUUCUUACGCUCCAAGAGGAGGCGACUCCUAUGGAACCCGUGAGAGAUCACCAGUUAGAGAGUAG